CCAUGGAAAAACAUCACAAUGUCUAAACAAGAGAGCACUAUGUCCAGAGGCGCGAGUGCAGCAGAUAAGGCUAACCACAGACUGGAUGAGUGUGGCAGAGGGAGCUGGUGGCUGGGGACAUUAAAAGACACCCCUCUGCCCGGCUUGUACCCCAUCAGAGACUUCAUAGAGGAGAGUGAGCUGAACCCCGUGCAGAGGACCUAUGGGUUUAAAGGCGUAGGGAGGAGGGGCCGAAUUUUGCAUGAGCAGAGAAGAGAUCUGCUGCUUCCUGGAGCCUACAACCACGUCGACUUCACACAAGAGGCUUUAAAAGGAAAUGCGACGUACUCAUUCAAAAACUGCCCCCGACCGGAAAAUGUCACCUUAGGCAUCAGGGACAAGGAUCUAAACACUUCUCCUUGCGAUUAUGAUGUUGCAGCCAAACCAGUGGAGAAGGUCCCAUGCAAGCAUGUGAUGUUUCGCUCGACCGUCCAGCGGGUCACCUUUCCUCCUAAGGCCGGACCCUCCCCGUGUGAGUACAGCCCAGAGACCAGCCCAGGAACCACCAUCACAUCCAGCUUCAAAUCCACUGUGCCGCGCCUACACUACGUCCACCCGAACACCCCAGGACCAGGAGCCUAUGAGCCUUGUUGGAAACUGGGCGACCGUGUGAACACCAACAUGGACCCUUCGUUCAGCUUUUUCUUUCGUAACCUGCCGUAG